UGAAGCUGGUUAUAUAGACAGAGAUAGAUACCAAAUAUGAAGAACAACCCAACAUUUACUCCUCUUUUCUCUUACGUGAAACCCCAAACACCAAGCUUUCUCUCUCUGUUUUUCGUUAAUUAUUUCUCCUCUGUUUUACUAACACUGAGAAAAGGACACUGUUUUCCCUUUUUUUUUAUUUCUUCAUCAGGUACCUUCCUUCGUUUUACAGCAACAACCCACUCAUGCAAUCAACAUUUUCUCUUUAUAGAUGAUAUCACAGAAGACAAGUUAAUAAGCUAAGGGUUUUUCGUUUUUAAGUAAAUGAGGUGUAAGGAACAUUUAACUGACCUCAGUAGCAGCGUCGGCGUCUGCGCCACUUGUCUCCGGGAGCGUCUUCUUGCGGUCGUCGCCGCUCAGGCUCAGGCUCAGGCUCAGGCUCAAUUAGCACGCGCUGCUGAGAGUCGUCGGAAACCUGACCCGCCGCCGUUGGUUUUCCCUCGGUCCGUUUCUCCUUACGUCAGUCGACGGAAAUUUGACGACGACGGUGACAAUUGGAUCCACCACCAGCGAUUCUACAGCACUCCUCAGGUGGGUCCUACCUACGGAGCCACGACCAACGGGGAUUUCGAAGCGGCCAGAUCAUUCAAGAAGAAAAACAGGGUCUCGCUUUUUUCGAAUCUGUUCAGGUCGAGAUCCGAGAAAUUUAAUUCGGAUCCUAACGUUCGUUAUCGUCGGUACUUGUCAGAUGAACCGUCCUCGUCCUCGUCAUCUCCGUCUUGGUUCUCGGCAUUCUUUGCUGUUCGUCGAAAAAAGCAGCAAUUUUCGAGGACAACUCAUGUAGAAGAAUUCGGCCAAUUCGGUACCGGGGAUAGGAAAUCAUACAGGAUCACAGAUCGAGGAAUGUCGCCGGUGAUUGUAGCAGAUACGGGGGAUGGGUGUGAUCGAUUACCAUCGGGACUCUCGCCAGAAGCUUCCCCACGGUGGAAGAGGACACCGACGGCGGCGAGGAGCGGGGUAAAGAACGUAUCGGGAUUAGCUUUUUGCAUGAGCCCGCUGGUGAGGGCGAGUCCGAAUCGGCACUGGAACCAGAAGGGCGGUUUGCCGCCUGACAUAUCAUUUACCGGCGAUGGUAGGCCGACAAUGAAACCCCAGCUAGCCACCGCAGCGGGGUUUUCCGCUAAUAGGUCGAGGAAGCUUGCUGAUAUGGGAACAGUCAAUUACAACCGUUAAGCGCACAUGGUAGGUUUGGUGUUACCGGGGAGAGGAAAUUCAUGAAAACAGGAUGAUGAAGUGGAGGUGGUUGGGCAGCGUGGACAAACAUUAAAGAGGUGGAAGAAGGGUGUGUAGGUGAUGGUGGACCCUCACCCUACCUAUAAUGGAGUAAAUAUUGGGAGUGACCUAUCCUCCUCCAUAUUAAUGGCGGCGACUCCAAGACUUUGAAAUAUGGAGACUCAGCCAGCAGUCUCACGCAGGAGACAUUAAUAUGAGCGAUAGUGUUCGACCUAUUAAUGACGGUGCUACCAAAUUAUAUCAUUUUUCCUCCCACUUUCCUUUCAUUUAUUUGUAACUGUUUCUACGUAUUUUCUUUUAGAUUUAGUAAUAAAUUUCACCCAUUCCAUCGAAUGAUUAUGUACUUUAAGUUUUGUUGAUAUAAUCUAGAAAAAGAAUUAAAAAGUAAGUUUUUAAGA